AUAGAAUGCCAUCCACCUUCUCACACCUUUACCAUGAAAACCAUCAAAGAACUUUUGCCUACAGAUCCUCGAUUUAUACGAAUGAAUUUUGCAUUCUGGUCCAGGUUGGUUCAAAGUACUUUUCGUCAAGAUAAUUGCACACCUUGCCUGUGAACGCUGCCCCCUUUUUUUUACCAAUAGGCAGUGGUUGAUUCUGGUGUAUCAGCAUUUAUUCAGUAAUGGCGCACCGCAACAACAUCUCUUUCCAGGUUGACUCUGUCGCGAGUCAGCAGCGGUAAUUCUUAAUGCUCAACAAACCAGCAGCGGUAUUUCUUGAUGUUCAGCAAAUCAGCUGCCUUCCACGACCUCUUCUGCCAUUACUGAUUGUUUUCGAGCCACUUGAUGGCGCCCUGGUAUCAGUACAGGACAGGCAGGGAUGCUUGAAGCGACCCAAUGCUGUUCAGGUGCAUUGGGAUCGUGAAAACCCCUACCUCCGCCAAUACCAUAAUUCCGCGAAUCCUCACGAAAUGUUGGUAAAGUGUGCCCUCGUCGUAAAUGAUCUGCACCAGCGAGACCAUUGGUGCACCCUCAUCGAGCACGCUCUUUCCGAACCUCACCAACCGCCACAAAUCCCAAUCGUUUUUGGCCUUGUCACCUCUCUGGCAAUGUCCGGUCACUUCACCAAAGGAAGUCUCCUUAUUCCCAAUCAUGACCUUAAAAUCGGGUUUGUCCGCCUUGAAGCCCUGUUUCCUCUAUGUGCUCGAUUCCGUAUUGGAAAAGUGUGUGUGGAUGUCAUCGUCGACGUGGUUCAGAAACGUGCUCAAGAUUGGGGCGACAAUGUUUGCCACCAGCGUUUCUUCCGACUGCUCCUCCAGUUCCUUGCGCGGUAAGUUCAUGAUUCUAUGGAAAUUUCGACAGAAAGAGAAAGAAAAUGAAAGUGGAAAGAAAGAGAGAAAGCAAGAAAGAGACCCAGAAUUAGCAUUCGUGGUCCGACAAUUGUUGGAAGAUGCACAGGACACACUCAUUGAAACGUACAGCUGCUCAAAGGGCAUCCUCAGUCGAUAAUCUUGCAAUGCGCCGAGCUCCUGAACCGCCAUGCUUGGAUCGUCAUUCAUCUUGUAC